AUGUCGUCCUUCUUAUAUCUAUAUGGUUGGCCGUCCUUCUAUGAUGUGAUCAGUCCCGAUGCAAUUACUUUCAAUGAUGAUUUCUCCUAUGGGAUGCAUCGGAUUGAAAUAUCCUGCAGUCAGUGUGGUGCGCACCUGGGGCAUAUUUUUGACGAUGGACCUCGCCCAACUGGCAAGCGGUACUGCACAAACUCUGCUUCGUUAUCUUUCAAGCCAGCAGACAAGAACAACGCCGGAGAAGGCAGCGGUAAUGCCAGUCCUGCCCAAACAGGCAAAGCUGAGCUGUAG